CUGGGGAAUUUAGGGUCUUGGUAGCCGGACUAACCUCUGUUUAGAGACAUGGAGUGCGAACUUUGUUAUGAAGAGUUUGACGCGGACAUUAGAGUCGCGAAGAGCAUCCAUCCUUGCGGUCAUAGCUUCUGUGAUUCGUGUAUUAUGAGAAUUUGGAAGGAUAGAAUCGUCAGAUGCCCCAUUUGUAGAACCAUGCAACCUACACAUGUUAAAAUGCCCAAGACGAAUUAUGCGUUGAUGAAGUUGAUACAGCUGGAGAAGAUCGAUGUUAAUGUCUUCUCUGAAAACAUUUUAGAUAUUAAUGAAGAGGCUCUUUUGAAUGGAAUUGAUGACUUAAAUUUACAAAGAGUUACCUCAAAUGAGGUUGUCCUGAACCAGCUACAACAAUUUGAUGAUAAGAUUAAGGAAAUGAGGAAGAAAGAGUCGGCAAAAGUCGAUAAUAAUGAGUGAGGAAAUUUGAAAAUUUCAGACAAAAACAAUUUUGUCAAUAAAAUCAAACUUAAAAAGGAUGAAGAGUUACAAGAGGUUAGCGAAUUCAGAAAUCAAAAGCUAAGAUCAUACAAGAAGUACUCUUUCAGCAAAAACUCAAUUUUCCUGAAGUACUUUAUAUCCAAAAACUCUACCUGGUUCCUCUGGAUGCUCAGGAAAGGAUACAAUUGCAAGCACUCAUACUCUUGCUUAGAGCACUUGUCUCGGAACCUUACAACUCUCUGAAUGGUUUAUGGAUGCUUUAGGCCAUUGAUCCACAAGAUGGUGCUACCAUCACUUAAUGACAGUAUAGCAGAAGAUGACUCAUCCAAAAUCUUACUUGUAGAAGGAGCCAUAUGCCUCCUUGUUUCUCUCUAUAGAACCAGACAUUGCUUAGCCAACUAUCUUAGAGAGAUGUAGGACAUUUAAAAAUAUUUCCAGCUUGUGAUCAAUAAAAGCCUUUGUG